UAAAUCGUAACAAUGAUGUGCGCAUUUCAAAUUCUGCGCUCAUAACCUGUUCUGCGUGAAGAUAGUAGAAUCUACAAACUGCCACAAACAAUUGCAUGCACACAGUUCUUGAAGGCAAGCUAACCUAAUUUACCGCGAGCUAACGUUAUUUGUUUACUUUUCUAAAAUAUUAAUUGUGUAUUUAUAUAUAUAUAUAUACAUACUUUGUCAAGUUACAAAUGGUUUAUACACAGAAUAUGCGUGUUUUAAUAGCAACAACUUUGUUUGUUUAAAAUCGUGUUAUUGAAUGGUGUUAAAUAAUAGUAAGUAAUGACAGCGUCACGUGGGUUAGUUUUAUGUCGAAAUUUGGAGGGAAUUCUUAUAAAUACAUAAUAUUAAUUAAUAUACAAAACUUAUCACCAUAAUGGUACGUGGCAAAAGACCGAUACGAGGUGGAAAACGGAAAUUUGAUCGACGUGAUAGUCGACCGAAACCGAAGAAAGGUAAAUUUAACCUAAAAGAAGCGUUGUAUGUUAAAGAACGUGAUGUGAAAAAUAAAGAAAUUGAAAAACGUAGACAAAUGCUUGAAGAAGAGAAAUCACAGCAGCAAGAAUUAGAAACUGAUAGUUCUGACGAUGAGCAGAUGAAUCCUAUGAAAGAUUUAUUAUCUACAUUUUCAAAUACUAAUAAACUUCAAGUAACUGCUGUUGAAUCUAGUUCAGAUAGCGAUAUUUCCGAUAAUGAAAAUGAUAUUGCAAGUAGUAAUGACAGUGACGAAAAUGUAGCAACAAAUUCUGAUAACUCAGAUAAUAAGGAGCAUCUGUUGGAUCAUAGUGAUAGUGAAGAGAUUAAAAUGAAGGAAGCAGACGAAGAAGAUCCUGAAACUGCUCGGGAAGAUGCUGGUUAUUUGAAAGAUCCGUUUUCAAUUCAUCUUCGAGAUGAUUUGAAUGAUAAACUUUAUGAUGCUGUAUCUAAUGUUCCACAAAUUAUAGAAACACAAAAAAUAAUUUGGCCUACUCUAGGAAAUCUUAUUUGUGAAAUUCCAAAACCUUUAGAGGAUGCAAAUGAUACGAUAAAAAAAUCCAAAGUCUCUGUUUUAGAGGAUAAGCAGUUUGCAAAACGUGGUACCAUUCCAUAUUUAAUUGAAACUGUAGAUUGGAAUAAAUUAUAUGUCAAGGCUCAGAUUCAAAACAAUAUUACAAGAGCUAAUUACUCAAAUAUAAAAGAUAAUGUUGACACAGAUUCAUCAUCUCUGACCUCUCUGCAAAAGGAAUUGUUUUCUGUCAUAAAUAAUUAUCAGGAUUUAUACUACCCUGAAAGGACAUUUUCAAAUGGUAAUCAAAUAAGAUUUAUAUAUUGUUUACAUGCAAUUAAUCAUGCAUUAAAGACCAGAACAAAGGUAUUACAUCAUAAUGCAAAAAUAACAAAAUCAAAUUGUACAAACAUGGCAGAAAUUCCAGAUGAAUACAGAGAUCAAGGAUUAGUGAGACCAAAAAUUUUGAUCAUAGUUCCUUUUAGACAUUCUUGUUUAAAAAUUGUUGAAUUAUUGAUAUCGAUUUUAAUUGGAGAAGAUAAAGGUGGAUCUGUAAUGAAUAAGAAGAGAUUCAUGGAAGAUUUUAGUGGCAAUGAAUUAGUAAUGCCAAAAAAGAAUCCAAAACCAGAAGAUUAUGAGCAAACAUUUCAAGGAAAUACAGAUGAUACUUUCAAAAUAGGAAUCUCUAUCACAAAAAAGACUCUAAAAUUAUAUUCAGAAUUUUAUUCCUCCGAUAUAAUAAUCACAUCUCUCUUGGGUUUGAGAAUACUAGUAGGGGCAGAAGGUGAAGAAGACAGAGAUUUUGAUUUUUUGGCAUCUGUAGAGUUAUUAAUCUUAGAUCAAGCUGAAUUAUUUUUAAUGCAAAAUUGGGACCACAUGAUACAUAUCUUAAACCAUUUUCAUUUACAACCAAAAGAUUCUCAUGGAACAGAUUUUUCUAGAGUAAGGAGUUGGUGUGUAAAUGGGUGGGCCAAAUACUAUAGACAGACAUUGAUAUUUUCAAGUAUACAUGUGCCUGAAAUUUAUGGAAUAUUUAAUAAGAGAUGUUACAAUUAUGCAGGAAAAAUUAAAGUAAUAAAUCCUGUUUCUCCUGGAUCUAUUUGUCAUGUGGUCGUACAAGUUCCGCAAGUUUUUCAUAAAUUCGAGGCUUCCAGUCAUUCUCAAGCUUUAGAACAUAGAAUGGAAUUUUUUAUAACAAAAAUACUUCCUCAGUACAAGGACAGAAUUAUGAAUCACACGUUAAUAUUUGUACCAUCUUAUUUCGACUUUGUAAAGGUGCGAAAUUACUUUAAAAAAGAAGAAUAUAGUUUUGUACAAAUUUGCGAGUACACGAAGGAUGCAAAAAUAGCAAGAGCAAGAGAUAUGUUCUUUCACAGCGAUGUACAUUUUCUCAUAUAUUCGGAACGAUUUCAUUUCUUCCGAAGGAUACGAAUGAAAGGCAUAAGGCACAUUAUAUUUUACGCGCCACCCACUUUUCCCGAGUUUUAUAGCGAAAUUUGUAAUUUAAUGCAAGAAGCUAAUCAAAAUCCACGAGCAGGCUCCGAAAGUAACAUGACAGUAACCGUUUUAUAUUGUAAAUAUGAUAUCAUGCAACUUUCGGCAAUUGUGGGCACCGAAAGAGCAAGUAAAAUGAUUAGGUCGGAAAAAUCAGUCCACAUGCUCAUGACUGGUGAAUAAGAAAUCGAAGAACAAUUUAGGAGCAAUGUAUUUUCUAUUUCUAUUACAAAUAACAAAGAGUAUCUCCACAGA